AUGCCGUCGUUAGAUCCCACAACCACGCUGAACGCUUCGGUCCCUGCUUCUGCCAUGCCAAUCAUUUCACCCAAUGCCCUUCUCCACGCCCACUUGAAGCAGAGCCCCCCUCAACGCCCAUCAAACCGCGUCCCUUCAGAACCGCGACCUAUCCAGCUCAACGUGGGCUCGUUGACACAUUGCAAUGGAUCAUCCUUGGUGAAAAUCGGGGCGACGACGAUAGUGUGCGGCGUGCGCGCCGAGAUACUCCCUACAAGCGAGAUUCCCAGUUUUCGAGUCAACAAGUCCUCGGGACGGGUCCGGCCAAAGCCGCCGAGAGCGAAGAACGAGGUGGAUGACAACGAGGACGAAGGAGAAUACUCGCCGAUGCAACUGUACAACCUUGUGGUGCCAAAUAUUGAGCUAGGCACAGGUUGCUCGCCCAAAUACCCUGCCAACACAGCCCCUUCCGUCGAAGCGCAGUCAAUAUCCCAGCGGCUGCUGUCGUUACUCCACUCCUCGCAGCUCGUCAGAACCUCUGACCUCGAAAUCAUCUACACUCCGCCUGCUGAGUCCCAAGACCUAGAGCUAGGAAUAGAUACAGAACCUCAGUUGAAAGCGUACUGGACACUGUACGUUGACAUGAUGUGUAUCAGCCAUGGCGGAUCCCUGUUUGACGCAGCCUGGCUCGCACUCCAUGCUGCACUGCAAAACUGCCUCCUCCCAAAGGCCUGGUGGGAUGCCGACUUGGAAAAGGUCAUCUGCUCAAUGGAUGUGAAAGAAGCAUGCAAACUACGGCUGAGAGGAAUGCCAGUACCCAGCAGUUGGGGGGUGUUUGUGCCCGAAAAACGACUGUUGGCCCUGCAGAAUGACGCAGAAGAUCGGUAUUGGAUUCUUAUGGACUUGGAUGCUUUCGAGGAAGAGUCUUGUGUGGAGGUGGGUUGUAUCACGGUGGAUUGCAGCAACGGCGCCAAUUCAGCAUUGAUUUUGAGAAUCGAAAAGAGUGGCGGAUCUGUGAUCGGGGUCGAUCAGAUUGCAGAGGCGGCCGAAUUUGCAAAACGGAGAUGGCACCAGUGGAAGCAUGUGUUGGACACCGCAUUGACUGCUUGA